AUGGAAAAAAUCACGAAAAAUUCAGUCCUGAUUCGAACGACUGAAGCAAAAAAGCAGAUGAUUAGAUCUUUCCCAUUUAUUCGUCUGUUGGUCCUUGAUUUCGCGCUUUCCAUUUAUCUAUGGUACAAAUGGAAACCCGAUUGGGAUUAUACAGUUGAUACAUUUUGGAAACAAACCGGACACGUGGCUGAUAAUUUGAACGGGACUAUAACUUGGCUACGAAGUAAUCCUGCCGGUCUGAAAUUGAACACUCCAGUGAAUGACACACUUGCUUGGUUCUUCACUUAUCAUAUUUAUCUGUGGACUACAUUCAUUGGAUUCCUACGUUCGGAUGCAUUCUUCCGUUUCAUCACAUACUCGCUGAUUGGCGGAGUUUCCACGUUCUCUUCGAUAGUCUACGAUUUCUCCCAGAUAUUCUUCCUUCAUUUCAAUUGUUUCGAUGCAUAUGCAACAAAGUUGUGUUACCUUUGCUAUUACACUUUGACAGUUCUUUGGAGUCUGGUGAGAGGGAAGAAAUGGAACCCGUUGCGUGAGAGAAUGGAUACGGUUAUCUUGGACACUAGACAACAGUUUCUCGCGACAUCUCUCUUUGUUAUUCUUCUUUUCAUUCUACCAACAAUCUUCGUUUAUUUCGUUGUUUUCCGGAGCCUGCGUCUUGCUGUCUCAGCUCUACAGACUGUGAUCUACUUUUUUGCGACGUGGCCUUUUCAGCUAUUUGCACUUGAAAAGUAUUUUAAACAAAAGUAUGGAAAGCAAAAGACGUCAGAAGGAAACGAUGCAGCUAGCACAGAAUAA